AUGAUAGCACAGAUUGAGAAAGUCGACGAGAUACAACGAAGUAGUGGUUUGAUUGUUGGAUCUGCCGAUGUGAAGUCUCUUUACCCUAACUUAGAUAUUGAUUUCACAAUUGAGAAAGUGUGUGAAAUGUUCUCUGAAAGUGAGAUUGGGGUCGAAGAUAUGGACUAUGAAGAGCUAGGACUGAAUUUUGCCCUUACCAUGGAGGCUAAAGAUGUGAAGAAGCUAGGAAUCACUGAGGUUUGUCCAGAAAGAAAAUCGAAUAGAGGACGACCACCCACGAUUACAUCUAGUGGCAGUGAGGACGUGAAAGAGAAGCGUCUUGAACUAUGGAAUCCUCCUAGAAAGAAACCAGACGAAUUCACCAAAAACACGAUGCUGAUAGAAGCUCUUAGAGUUAUAUUGAAGGUGGUGAUAAAAAAUCAUGUCUAUUUGUUUGAUAAUGAAAUCAGGAAGCAGAGUAAAGGUGGUGCAAUGGGGCUAAGGUUGACAGGGAUAUUGGCACAAAUUUUCAUGAUGUGGUGGGAUAGGGAGUAUCCAGAGGUUGAAUGA